GAGGGAAACAAGUCACUUGUGUGCCUGGCCAGCUGCCAUUGAAACUGCCUUUUUGCUCUGUUCAUCGUGUUGGUCCCCAUGCGUGAAAUUAUUACCUUACAAUUAGGCCAAGCAGCCAAUUUUGUUGGAACUCACUUUUGGAAUGCUCAGGUAAAACUCUUGGUCAACUUUUUACAUCGUCAAUCGCUUAAUACCCCCGCUUCUUUUCAUGUUAGGAAGAGUAUUUCGAUUACGGCAAUGGUGAUAAUAAGCCCAAGGAAAUCAAUCAUGAUAUCCUUUAUCGAGUUGGCUUGACCCCGAAUGGAAUGGAGACGUAUACUCCGCGUGUCCUCAUUUACGAUCUGAAAGGCGCCUUUGGAUCGUUGCAGAAAUACAACAAGCUUUUCAUCGGCGAAGCAAACGAGGCCGAUCAGGUGCCAUGGGAAAAUGGGAUCAACGCCGUCGCCACGGAUGUGAGGGAGAAGAAUCGAUAUCAGCAGGAAUUAGAUCGAUUAGACGAGAAUACAAGCAACGCUAUGGAUCUAGAUGUGGCCGCGCAAAUGCUGGAUACCACAGUGACCACGUGGUCCGAUUAUAAUCGCAUCUUUUACCAUCCUCGUUCAGUUAACACAAUUCAGACGCAUACUGCAGAAAACCCUUUACAUCCUUUCAAUGUCUACUCUGCGGGACGCCAAGCGUAUGACGAUAAUGAAAAGGAAACCGACAUUUUUGAUGAUAAUUUCCGCUUCUUUGCCGAAGAAUGCGACCAGCUCCAAGGUUUCCAAUUACUUACGGGGAUCGAUGACGCGUUUGGUGGAUUCGCAGAAGGAUUGCUGCAAGAUAUUCGAGAUGAAUUCCCGAAACUUGCCAUACUUACCUAUGGUAUAUCCUCCAAUACUCCUUCUUCCGAUCGAGCCCGUCAGAAGAAAGCCCUGAGUCAUGCCUUUAGUCUGGCUCGAUUAUCCCCUCUCUCUUCUCUGUACGUCCCGCUAAGAACGCCCCAACGAAUCAACAGUCCUUAUUUGCAUGCCAAUUGUGAAUCCCUGUACCAUACAAGCGCCAUUCUCUCUGCCGCCAUUGAAACCGCUUCUUUACCCUACCGAUUGAAAAAGAAUGGAUUAUCGUUAACCGACAGUAUAGCGUUGCUCAACCGCCAACAACCGACACGGUUAGCUGGCCUCACAGUGUCUUUACCUGUGCCUGUACAGGAACAAGCCAACAAGGCCACACUCGACCCUUGCUUGCUUGACCUUACGAUCCAAGCUCCCCAACAACAGAUGCGUGAAGAUGUUACGGGAGAAGUUGUCGUCCUUCGUGGCAUUCCAAACUCAAGAAUGGAUUACGAGGACAAUAUUGAACAGGCAUGCUCGAGUUUCAAGCAUGAGCAUUCCCCUUUUCACUAUCGAUCGGUUAUUGACGCACCUUAUCCGAUUGCCGAAUCCUUCCCUCGGUUCUUUGAUUCGUCUAUUGGUGCCGAUGGUUUGAUUGAAUCCACGAAAUCAUUGAUGCCACCUCACUCAGUGCCUGCAUUAUCUCGACUGUAUAAUGGAGACCGUUUGGGUGCUGUAGUUGAAGACAUGGUUCAGUCAUUGAAGGGCAUCUCUUUCAAGGACCAUUUUGAAUACGCAGAAGGCGACUACGGGUUUGGAUCCGAGGAUUAUGCAGAGAUGAAGGAGACUUUAAUCACAUUAGCGGAUGGAUACAGACAGGAUGAUGGAAUGAUGUAAAUAAUAGAAAAUGAAAGUAUAUAAAGUACAAGGUUGUUGUAUGCAAAAAAGGUGUACCAUCAGACAAGGCAGGAUGCCCAAAUCCAGUUGGCAGGAGGGGAAGGAGUUACCCACGUAGGUGGUAUCUUUUGUUCAAGGGACGAAAUGCUAUUGGGAUCUUGGUGAUCAUCAUGGAUUAAAUAUUGAUCCCAAUGCUUGCGUACGCGACGUAAACUGUCUGGAUGUUGAAAUGCUUGCCUCCAGUAUCGGUAGGCGGACUCAUCCAAUGGGGCGUCGGUCCAAUG